AUGACUGAUCCAUAUCACAGCCAGUCGAAUGGAUUAGCAGAGAAAUAUGUUGGUAUUGAUAAACGCACUUUGUCAAAAUCAAUGUGUGAUGAUCAAGAUCCUAUGACAGGAAUUCUGGAAUACAGAGCAACACCAUUGGAAUUCGGUUACUCACCAGCACAGUUGUUAAUGGGCAGACAGCUGAGAUCAGUUAUAUCCACUAUCAAGGAAAAUGUCACACCCAAAAUACCUGACCAUGAUUAUGUCAAACAAUUUCUAUCUGAACAGAAACAGAAAGACAAGAGGUUAUAUGAUAAGAAGGCGAAGACUUUACAGCCAAUUCAAGUUGGUGAUUCACUCAGAAUAAGGCUAGGUAAACUGUGGAAACCGGCAACAUGUAUUGCCAAACAUAGUGAAAGGUCAUUUACUGUUCAAACACCAGAUGGUGGCGAAUAUAGGAGAAAAAGAGUUCAUUUACUGAAAACAAAUGAAACCCCACAAACUCCAUUGAUUUCUGAUGAUGAUUUGGAAAUCUUACAAGAUUCAUUCACCAGAGAUAAUUCACCUACAGUGGAAAAUAAUGUUAACAUCCCGGGAACCAGUCUAGAUAAUGCCCCAGAAUCUCCCGAACUUGAUAUAAGUUCAAGUACGUCCACAAAACCAUAUAUCACACGCUCUGGUCGAGUUAUUAAACCAAAGAUUAUUGUUUCAGUGUAA